UCUCAGCUCAGUCGGAGCUGAGAGAGCGGGAUCCGGUAGGCCUUUUGGCACCAGCCUCUCAAAGGAUCGACUUCAAGUUUUUCUGUGCAUGGCAAGGAUAUACUUUCUUGCUGCCUCACUGAAAUUGCAUGGCCUAAACAAAUGAAUAUUUUUACGAGGCACCUUGCACCAGAAAUGGGCCAGGACCAAACCAAGCAGCAGAUAGAGAAGGGCCUGAAGUUGUAUCAGUCCAAUCAGACUGACAAAGCCUUGCAUGUGUGGACAAAAGUUCUGGAGAAAACCUCAGAUCCUGGAGGGAAGUUCCGGGUGUUGGGGUGCUUGAUCACAGCUCACUUAGAAAUGGGAAAAUAUAAAGACAUGCUCAAGUAUGCACUUGAUCAAAUCGACACAGCCAGAGAGAUGGAGGAUCCCGACUACCUGACAGAAGGCUACCUGAACUUGGCACGCAGCAAUGAGAAGCUGUGUGACUUCCAGAAAACCGUCUCCUACUGUAAAACCUGCUUGAACAUGCAGGGCACCACUGUCAGUCUUCAGCUCAAUGGACAGGUAUGUCUUAGCAUGGGCAACGCCUACCUGGGCCUCAGCGUCUUCCAGAAAGCUCUGGAGAGCUACGAGAAAGCUCUGCGUUAUGCACACAACAAUGACGACAAAAUGCUGGAGUGCAGAGUCUGCUGCAGCCUGGGGAACCUCUACGUUCAACUUAAGGACUAUGAGAAAGCCCUCUUCUUCCCCUGUAAAGCAGCUGAGCUCGUCAAUGACUAUGGCAAAGGUUGGAGCCUCAAGUAUCGAGCGAUGAGCCAGUACCACAUGUCUGUGGCCUACAGGAAACUGGAGCGUCUACCAGAUGCCAUGGAGUGCUGUGAGGAAUCUAUGAAGAUUGCUCUGCAGCAUGGUGACCGUCCUCUGCAGGCUCUCUGCUUAUUAAACUUUGCAGACAUACACCGCUACAGGAAGGACACUGAUAAAGCAUUCCCUCGCUACGAGUCUGCACUGGGUAUUAUGACUGAGAUUGGAAACCGUCUUGGACAAGCACAUGUUUAUCUGGGUGUUGCAAAGUGUUGGCUUCUGCAGAAAGAAUUUGACAAGGCGCUCGAUUCUUUGCAGCGAUCACAGAUAUUAGCCGAUGGAAUGGGAAACAAGCUGUGUGCACUGAAGGUUCACUGCCUGAGUGAGGGGAUUUAUCGAAGCCAGGGGCAGGAGGAGAAGCUCAGAGAGCAGGUGGUGAAGUUCCUGCAGUGUGUCGAAGAGCUGGAGCUCUACUGUGGCAUGUGUGGAGAGUCCAUCGGGGACAGGGACCAAAAGCUGCAGUCCUUGCCCUGUUCCCACAUUUUCCAUUUCAGGUGUCUGCAGACAAACGGAACAAAAGGCUGCCCUAAAUGUUUCAAAUCCUCCAUGAAGCCUGGAUUUGUGUGACUGCGAGGCUGUGUUUGUGCGUUGGAUCUGCAGACACAGCGCGACGCCUGGAAGGCUCCUGACCGAUGUGAGAAGCAGGCAGCCUCAGGAUGUGCCACAGACGAGGAGUAAUAAUUCACUGCUCUUUGCAGAGGAUGCUGAACUGAACACAGAACUGUUCCAGAGCUUCUCUGAGGUCACGAUCAAUGCAUCCAUCUUAUUUACAGACAUCAGUCUGUGAGUGACUAAAGCUGAUGUAUAAAUGACAGAGCUACACUAAAGUAUAAGUUGAAGAAAAAAAAAAGAAGCUACAGUACAUUAUUUUUGACGGGAAGCGUCCGAAGAACAUGUGUUACUUAGUGUAUUUAGUGUAUUAGAAACAUUUAGGGAAAAAUGAGAUAAUAUGAUCUUUGGAAGAAUUGCUUGUUGUUCAAAUUCAACAUUAUUUUUACGCCAGCACUGCUCGAUCCUUACACAGCAGUUCAUUUCUUUUUUAUUCAGAACACAAGAGCCAUUUCUGAUUUCAUACUUGGUAUAUUUAUUAUUGUAUUCAUGUACAUACUAUUCUCGUAUAGAUCAGUGUUAAAGGUUUGAUUUAUUUGAGGUGUUUUAUAAAACCUGCAACAAACUAAAAUCUCUUAACCAUUCAAAAACUAGUAUGUCUUUACAAAACAUGUACAUACAGCGGUUUUUUUUUGUUUGUUUUUCUUUUCACGACGAAAGCCAGUCGAGCUGAAGUAUCGUGGUUAAAUGUGGUUUGCGAUAUUUGCAAUGCCAGACAAGGCUGAGUUACAUGUGUAUCCACGGAACUGUGUAUUCAUGUAUUUCAUCAUAUUCAGUGAUUUAUCAUUCAUAUUCCUUAUAUAUUCACUCAGUUUAUUUGAAUUAUUUAGCGAUUUGGUAUAAACUUGACUAAUUAGUUUGCUCCGUAGCUCAGUGUACUAAAUUUCUUUUCCUUAUUAGGGUUUUUUUCACACAGCAAAUACAUGAAAAAUAAGACUUGACAGCAAGAAUAACAGAAUAUAAACGUACGAGCGAUGGUGAGGUAGAAACAUAUAAGGGCUUUUCCUAAAACCACACUAAGAAGAACAUACAACAUAAGAAAAAACUACAUAAUAGAAUAGAUGGGGGUUAAAAAUAGUAAUGUCAGUGUUUGAAUUAUUAACCGAUCUUUAAAUUGGAUUGCUGUUGUCUAAUUAAAUCAAUUGUCUGAUUAAUUCUAAUGAAGUACUGCAGGAACAAAAUGCUAUUAACCACAACUCUCACCAAAACAACCAUAGUUAAGAAGGUGACACUGAUGUCGACAGAGAGAAUCCACACAAAACUGUUUUACUUCCCACUUUGUUGUUUUCUCUCAUCUUAGAAUGGGCUGACGUCAUGAGAGAGACCAACACAUUGACCUUUACUGCACAAGCACUUAUGUUUCUCACUGCAAGAACACGUACAUCACUGUUUUACCUCCCUUUGUUUGAGGUCACUGCUAAAUGAACGGUGUGCGUUUAGCUGUUGUCUAUUCAAUGUAUAACUCCUGUAAAUCCUGGCUAUUUUCUCCAUUGUUUAUCUUUGUCGUCUUGGGCAUAGAAGAUAUUUUUAUUUUAUUAUUUUUAACGGUGCAGCCGCUCAUCUUUAACAGUUUAAACUACCUCUGUUUUCGACUCCUCUUCAGAGGAUUAAUGCAGUAAUAACAAAACAUUUAAUAUGGAGAAUUGUUAUGUUUUUCUAGACGUCAUGUAGAUACAACUGAUUUACUAAGAAAACUGACAAAAAUGCAUUGUUAAUAUAUUUAUGCAUUGAGUCAAUGUCUAUGUUUCUGUGUCAAAUGUGGGGACAUUUCAUUAUGGAAAAUAAAGAACAGUAAAAGUGA